GUGACACAAAGGUGAAGGAAAAAUCAAGAAAUUCCCGCCGGGACGUGUUCAUGCAGAGCGGCGACGUGAUCGACAUGAUCAGCAAGCCCCCGAUGGGCACGUGGAUGGGCAUGCUGAGGGGCAAAGUGGGCACCUUCAAAUUCAUCUACGUCGACGUGCUCAAUCCAGAGCGGGCCAAGCCCAAGAAGACCGAGCGCAGGCGCAGGAAGGCCCGGCAGCCCAAGCCGCAGUCUGUGGACGAGCUUCUGGAGCGUAUCAACCUCAAAGAGCACCUGCCCACCUUCCUAUUCAACGGCUACGACGACCUGGACACCUUCCGGCUGCUGGAGGAGGAGGACCUGGACGAGCUCCACAUCACGGACCCCCAGGACAGAGCCGUGCUGCUCACUGCCGUCCAGCUGCUGCAUGACUACGACGGUAAGGAGAGACGACUCGUCAACACUUGACGUGGA